AUGCGUCGACCAUUGACCAGAUAUAUUGCAGCGUUUCUGCUUGUCUACACUUUGGUUGGGGCUUUGUAUCUUUUUGGCCUGUUCGAUUUGAAUGUAUCCGGACCCUCGGCAGGUGAAAAUGGAAAUUCGCCUUCCCAUCCCAUCGGCAUCAAGAUGAAAAAAGCCACGGCAGAUUCAUACUCCAACAAUGGACAUGACGACAUGGACGAUCAAUUGAUGGUCGAAUAUGAAUUGGAGGACGAGCCCUCGACCCUGGCUUCCACGCACAACUUGGCCCUUGGGGCAUCGCUGAAAUGGAAGAAGACCCUUUUGGAGUGUUCCAGAGCCAAAAAAGACCUUCGAACCGCAAAAUCCCAGCUUCUCUCUCAGGAUAAAGAGUCGGACCGCUUGAGAUAUUUGCUGAACCUGGCCACACUUAAUCCAAGAUGCUCUAGCGCAGACAUACCGCCGAUGGAGGAAGAUGCUGCACAAAAUGCAGCUCCAAAAUUUUUGGCCGAAGAAUACACAGAAAGGCUGGAUCCCUCGUCCAUCUACUGCCUUGGGACGGAUCGAGAUUCACGGACUUGCCGAGUUAAAAACUUGUACUACAAUGUGAAGGAGAAAAGGUUUUUUCUCAUCAAAGGGGCGCUUUCCGAAUCAGUUGGACUCCCCAGUGCUACGCAAUUGGAGUCUGAUGGCGGCAUUCUGGUCGACUUGACCUCGCUCCAGAACCACGCCAUUUUUUCUUGGAGUCCAGAGCUGGUCGAGGAUGGCUUUCUAGAUAAACCCCAGACAAUUCAUCGCAUAUAUGACAAGUCUGUGCUUUUCAGCAGAUUUGUGCCGGGAAACACGAUGCACUCCAUCCAUGAUGAUCUUAUCGGCUAUUAUUAUCUUCUUCGCCGUUGGCUGCCUUCCUUUAAAGACGAUUUGGAGGAUCCUUUUGACAGAAGCCAUCAUUUGGUCUUUUUAGAUGAUCACGGUGAAGGCCCCUAUUCCCAUCUAUUCAAUCACCUGACCGAUUGGCCCAUACGCUAUAAAGUGAAGGAUCUGGACAAUGCUACUCCCGAACACUCGUUAAUCGUCUUUAAGGAUGCCAUUGUUGGCAACAGCAAGGAGGCUAAUUGGUACCAAUAUGGGUUUUCAGAGCCCCAGGGCCCUAUUCCAGGGAAGAAAGUUUCUGGAGACAAGGUGAGGGUCGUUGCUGCAUACUUGCUACGAAAGCUGGGAAUUCCACCGUGGAAUCUCACGGUCGUUCGGGAAUCCAUUUCAGAAGCAACUAGACGGACGCUGUUGGAUCAAUUCCAAGACAUCAUUUCGGAACAUGCCAAGGAGUAUCACGACUCGGAGGGCCCACCGCCCACAACACCGGCAUUGCAGGAAGUCGCACCUCCCAGCGACGACAAGCUAGAUUCGCCUUGCAUAGCAAUCUUUUCUCGACGAGGGGACCGUCUAAUGGUAAAUGAGGGGCGAUUGGCUCUGGCCCUAGAUCGGGCGUUUGGGCUGCCAAUCUAUUUUAUACGCAACGAAGAUCUUUCGUUUGAAAAGCAAGUUUCCAUCUUGAGAAGGUCGAUCAUUGCAAUUGGGAUGCAUGGAUCGCUUCUCAUCUUGAGUAUGUUUCUUCCCCCGAGAGCUCUGCUUAUUGAGCUCUAUCCCCUGUGGGUCCCCGGAAAUAAUUAUACCCCCUAUAAGACGCUUGCUGCACUGCCAGGUAUCGAUUUGUGGUAUGGCGCGUGGAUGAAUAAGCAUCCAAAGCUGAACAUCCCACAUCCAGAGUAUCCCGCCUCUCAUGGCGGGCUGCAGGAUUUCAGCGAAGAACUACGAAACAGGGUUUUGUCAACAGAGGGCGUGCCCACUCAUCUUUGUUGUACAGACCCUUUUUGGCUCUUUCGCAUUUACCAGGAUACAUAUGCACACAUUCCAGAGAUUCUGGGUGACUUCAUUGCGCCUGGACUGGCUGCCACAAAUCGGGAUCUUCAGCAAGACGCACAUAAUCUGUUUAAACGCCGCUCAAAUAGCUUGAACAUCCCACCGGCUCAAAUCAACAGCGACAUGGUUUCAUACCAUUGGAGCUUUGAACCGUUUUCUUUGCAUUUGAAAUGGGCAAAGCCGUGGAAUGUCAAUGAGGUCAAAAGAUAUGGCGUUUGGAUUCAUCAGAUUUACUAUGAAUACGACACGAACCAGGCGAUGGUGGACAUUGUUGACCUUGAUCCUGCGGUGUGUAAUAAGGGUGAGGUGCAUUUGUGGAUCCGAUCAUACUAUGAUUCUGGUGAAGCCGCCGAUGCCCACACCCCAUGGAGUAAGAAGGUCGUUUGUUUGUGUCCAAAAACGCCGUAA